GGGGAGGGGGAUAUGAAGAAAAGCCUAAAGUUAUCAAGAGUCAAAAAGAUUGAUUGAAAGUUGAAGGUUGAAGCCUAAUAUCAUCAGUAGUUCAGAGGUCAAGUUUUAAGUUAUUAGUUUAUCAACAUGGAAUCGCUGACGCGGAAGCCUCUGCGUUCUUGCCAGAAUAAACAAUUGGCCUUCUGGUUCUACAGGGUACUAUCGAUCUUUUAUGAUUCUGCUAAGAGUGUCAUGUGGACGGAGUCGAUGAGGGACGAAGCUCUAGAGGAGCUGGACUUGACUGAAGAAAAUCUCAAGGUGGUGGACGUUGGAGGUGGCACCGGUUUUACAACACUGGGCCUCGUACGCCACGUAAAACCUGAAAACAUUACUCUGCUCGAUCAGUCGCCUCAUCAGUUAGCCAAAGCCAUGGCUAAAACACCCCUCAAAAAUUCUACUUUUGUUGUGGGCAACGCUGAAGAUCUCCCUUUCCCCGACGAUUUUGCCGACAGAUACGUCUCUGCCGGAAGCAUAGAAUAUUGGCCAGAUCCACAGAGAGGGAUCGCGGAGGCUUAUAGGGUGGUGAAGAAGGGAGGAAAGGCGUGUAUCAUAGGCCCUGUUUAUCCGACUUUCUGGCUUUCAAAAUUCUUCGCAGACCUUUGGAUGCUGUUUCCUAAAGAAGAAGAUUACCUCCAGUGGUUCGAGAAGGCUGGUUUCACCGAUGUAAAGCUCAAGAGGAUUGGACCAGAGUGGUACAGGGGAGUCCGAAGGCAUGGCCUGGUCAUCGGCUGCGUUGUCACCGGCACCAAGGCUGAUCAUGGUCCAUCUGCUCUCGAGCUUGGGAGCAAAGUAGAAGAAAAGAAGGUGGGAACGGCGCAAUUCAUACUGCUCUUCAUCAUCGGUUACAUUGCAUCAGCAUACUUUAUGCUUGUACCACUCUAUAUGUGGCUCAAGAACAUGUUCGUUCCACGUGGCAAAUCCAUAUAGGUUAUGGUUAUUAUUACUAGAUGUAUGCGUAUCCUUGCAAGGUUGUCUCGUCGUCAUUAUCGUCUCGUCAUGGUCAAGGUUUGUGGUGGUCGUCGUUUGUUGUUGUUAUUGGUGGUGUUGAGCAGACGGCAUGUUAAGUCACUAAUAGAUAUUUAAUUUGUUGGGGGAUUUGGAUUAAGUUUAGUUUUUCUCAAGAUAGUUUUUAUUUAAUUGUUACUGGAAAUCCUUGAGCGUUGUUGAGGAAUGCAGACAUUUGCUUUCUUGUAAUCAAAUGUUAUCAGCUGUUUUUGUGUUGUAAUUGCGCUGCUCACAAGCUCGCUACAUUGGCUGUUAAGUUGGGGUGAACAAUUCUUGGAUUAAGUUCCCUUCAUUUUGUGAGAAA